AUGUACUUACGCAAAUGGAGUCCAGUAAAAUAUUUGAUGUACCUAUGGCUAGCGAUUCUGGUCUGGAUAUUCUGUCGGUGUGAUAGUGCCGCCACGAUGCACUUGGCCCCGCCUGCGUACCAUAGCAGUGGCCACCCGGGGGCGCCCGGUGGCCACCCGAGCUUUAGCAUUAGCAGCAGCAGCAGCAUUAGUAGUAGUAGCAGCGGUAGUGGUAGCGAUAGGUACGUCAGUGGUAGCAGUAGAACAACAACUAGCGUUAGUAGUCCGCCCGUUCCGGGUGUCGCCCGCGAACCGUUCGGUGGCGUGUGGGGCCUGUCCGGUGGUCCGAUACCUCCCCGGUUAGCCGUGGACACCGGGCUACGGGUGCCCCGCACGCUCCAGCGUUUGCUGCCGACUCCACACUCCAGCAGCAGCAGCAGUAGUCGCUCCAGCCGAGAACGCGUCCCGUGGACGGCACCCGCGGAGCAGCAGAAGCCGCCAGCGCUUUCCGAGAGUUCCGAUGCCAUCGCCAAGGGGCCAGCGGUCCCGGGUGGAGAAUCUAGCCAGUUCCUUCCAGCCUCCCCGUCACCGUCGGAUCGAUCGACGAUCGACAGCAGUAGUAUUAUGCGGCAGCUCGAAGGGCGAACCUCGGAGGCUGACCAAGCGCUACAGGUCCGCUGGUCGGCGCAGAUGCGCCAGAAGACGGAACGCCGCCAGUGGCACCGGAGGCGUUGGCGAGCCAGCAACCGGAGUCGCCGCGAGUCGUCGCUUCCCGUCGGCGGAGGUUACUCCGCGCGUGCUUCCCCCUACGGAAGCGUCUCAGUCCAACAGCAGCAGCAACCACAGUCCGCUGGUUGGGCCAGCGGACGAGUGGGUCAGCGGAGGAGCCCCGGCCCUGGCGGGCCCGGUGGAGUACCGCGGCGCUACUGCUCGGCGCGUGAUCCGGCCACCCUGGCGUUCGAGGCACCGAUCGUGUGCGAAGCGAAGGUCAAGUCGAUGAGCGAUCGGAGACCGAUCUUUGCGGCUACCUUCGAGAUCCUGGCGCUCCACAAGCUCCCGGGCAAGGGCCGUCCGCUGCGGGGCACCACCGUGCGGCUGCAGUUCAAUCUGACCACCACGAACGACUGCGACAUCUUUCGGGGCAAGUUCCGCGAGCGCGGCUUCGUGCGCGAGGAGCUCGAGCUGGGCAAGGUGUACUUUCUGUUCCUGAAGCCGAACGCGCGCUACACCAACUUCACCAUCCUCGGCCAGCCGAUCCGGAAGACCAAGCGCACCGAGGUCGGCGUGCUGCAGGGCGUCAGCCCCAACUACGGUACCCGGUCCACGAUCCACUUCAUGACACCGAACGUGACGCGUGUCGAGGGCAAGCGGGUGCGGCUGGUGUGUAAGGUCGGUGGCCAACCGCCACCCAAAGUGGCCUGGUUCAAAGAUAAGCGACUGAUCACCCGAAACGCCACCAAGUACACGCAAGUGCAUCUCAAGAAGCGGUCCGAGUUGAUCAUUAACAACACCAGCACGGCGGACUCUGGAGAGUACGAGUGUCGGGCUAAAAAUAGGUACAACAAUUCUUCCGCCUUCAGCUCGACGUACGUGAAGAUCACCUUACCGAAACCGAUCGUCCGGACGGAGUACUCGCGGUCCUGCACCGACGGCAUCCGGGAGGUGUUCUGUCACAACGGCGGGACGUGCCUGAAAUUCGACAGCCUCGACGAAAUGGCGUGCUCCUGCCCGAAAGGAUUCUCCGGCUACCGGUGCGAAAGCAAGGACAGCGAUUUUCAACCGACCUCAUCGAACAAGCCGCAGGACUGUACAUCACAGCGAUACGCAGGACGUCUCUUCAACGAGUGUAUGGACUUUUUCGUGAUGGACUCCCCGGGACCGGGCAUGUACGAGUACGACGAGGAUGACAACUAA